UAUGGCUGCAAAGUUAUCAAUGACUAUUAUAUUCAUAACUGCCUAGAUUAUGACGGAAUUUACAACCACAAGACUGAUAAUACAAUCAUUUUGAGAGUACAUUCCAAUCUACAAGCAUAUAACAAUGAACUCGUUAAAUAUAAUUCUACUGUUAGUCAUUUUUGUCAGCCUACUUAUGCUGGUGAACGAACUGAAAACUAGACCGUUGGAUGAGUCGGGAAGAACGAAGAGGAAAGCUACUCCCCAUCACAGCUUCAGGUGGCCUGGUGCAAGAAUACAUUUUCUUAUUCGAAACUCGUCAGAGCCAGAUAUAGAUGUGAUUAUGAGAGCGAUGUAUAUUUGGGAACAAGAUACGUGCUUGGAAUUCAUUCCAAUAUUGAGUGAGUCUCAGCUAUUUAGUACAACUGGAAACAGAGUUGUGUAUUUUAAGGGAGAAAACUGCUGGGCUGAUGUAGGAAGACACGGAUAUCCAGAACAGUAUAUUUCUAUAGGACCCGGAUGUAAUAGUCUGAAUAUUGUUCUUCACGAGAUCGGACAUACGAUCGGUUUUGAGCAUGAACAUGAGCGAGGAGAUCGCGAUGAUUACGUUAGAGUCAACUGGUUGAAUGUCGAGAAAGAAAAUGCCGACGCAUUUCAGCGGAAAGACACGAUUAUGACGGUGCCGUACGAUAUUUAUUCGAUUAUGCAUUAUUCAAGGGAUGUAAUCAUUCUAAGUUCUGGAGCAUAUUGUGGUUACCGUCGGCCUUGUCAGAACAAGGGGUACAUUGGCCCUGCUUGCAAUUGCUUGUGCCCCCCAGGAUUUUAUGGGAAACAAUGUGAGUUGGGAGCAGCUCAGAAACUGUUGGGAUGUCGACAGCAGCUGACAAACCAAAGUGGAAUUAUUCAAUCACCAAAUUUUCCCGGCAGCUAUGGGAAUUGGGAGGAUUGCAUCUGGUACAUUAAGGCCCCAGAGGGUCGUACAAUUACUCUCACAUUCCUCGAAUUUGAUUUGGAAGAUUCACCGUUUUGCUACCGAGAUUACCUUGGAAUAAGAACAAAGAACAUGUACCAAGACGAGAGUUCUCGGUUUUGUGGUAACCAAAUUCCGCCAACUAUCACUACAAGCAAAAACGAAAUGAUGAUAUUUUUUAUUUCGGAUUAUAUGAUUAACUCAAGAGGCUUUAAGGCGAAAUACGCAUUUAAUAGCUACGGCAUUCAAAGAAAUGAUGAUAAUGCCAACUGUUUUCAAAGAAGUUGUUAUGAGUUUUUAAACCAGCAAGUGUCACAUUGGGAAGCGAAACGACUUUGUCAACUCCGAGGUACCAGGUUACUGAUGAUAAGCAGUCCUGAAGAAAAUGAAUUUCUACGUCAACGCUUUGGCGAACAGCUCAUCGGGAGUUCCUUCUGGGUCGAUUUUCCAUACAACAUCAAUGAAAGAGAACGUGGAUGGAAAUGGGCAAAAGAUUGGUAUGAAUACAUCCGACAUUCAAGAACAAAGUGUUGCAGGUAUGUUGUUUACGACGAUUGGAAACGUGUACAUUGUUAUGACAGAGGACAAAAUGUUAUAUGUGAAAAGGAGGUUCCUGAAUAUAUUCACCCAAAAUGGAACAAGUGGUCAAAUUGGAACGCAUGUACAGUAACCUGUGGUGGUGGAACUAGAACCAGAACUCGAAGUUGUACUCUACCUGGCUUAUGUAAAGGUUUAGCAAACGGUACCAAAGUGUGUAACACCGUACAAUGCCCUGGCUCAUUCGCCCAAGGCAAAUGGACUAAUCAGAGCAGUAUGCAGGCUGAUUCUGAUAAGGCCGUUGAUUCUAAGUAUUGGAUUAGAGAACUAGAUGGUAGUUGCAGUUUAACAGAAUAUGAGUGGGAACCAUGGUGGGUUGUAGAUCUGGGGAAAUCACAGACAGUAGUGAAACUUGUAAUUACAAUUGAUGCUCAACGACUAUAUAGACUGGACGACACUGUGGUUCGCGUUGGAGGAUCUCUUUCAGAGUUAAGAUCAAAUUAUCAAUGCAGAGAAUCUAUAACUGAGAAGGAUAUACAUAGCUACAGAGUUAAUAUGGAAUGCAACCCGACUCCAAAAGGACGAUAUUUAAGUUUACAGAAGGAGAAUAAAUAUGGAGUCAUAAAUAUCUGUGAAAUCGACGUUUUUGUCUCAGCACUAAACUGUCCAUUUGAACAGCCUUAUCUAGGAUUUAGUCUGCCUUCGGCAAAAGGCAUUCCAGUUUUCUGGAAAGAUCCUACAAUUGCGACUAAAGAAAAACUUGGGAAAAUAUCUUGCUCACAUAUAUCAGGGUCUGUAUUUCCGAUUGGACAAACCCAAGUUACGUGCAAAACACAAAAAUCAUCUGUCACAUAUCAAAAUUUGUGCUCAUUUUUAGUUAACGUUGAAGUUUGCAAACACAAGUUUAAAUCCAAGUGCUACAAAUUGUUCUCGGAUAAACAGACAUAUGUGGAAUCUAGUGAAAGGUGCCGUCGGAUAGGUUUUGAGAUAGCAACUGCUAAAACCCCCGAAGAAAAUGCCUAUAUUAGAGGGAUGAUGUCCACAACACUAUCAAAUGGCAGUUAUGCCUUCCUGAGUAGAGAUGUUGUUUUUCAAAAAAGUUCUGAAUCUCUACAGACUGGAAAGAAUUCCACAUUUUCUAAUUGGUCUGAAAGUCAACCAGGAGCUUACUUAAGCCGACCAGAGCACCAGCAGUGCGUUGUAAUUGAAACUCAGACUGGAAAAUGGUUGGGAGAAAAAUGUAAAUACCAGCAAGCAUCAGUAUGUGAAGCACAAUUUACGAGCUGCAGACAUAAGUUUAAUGAUUCCUGUUACUACGCACUUAAAUCAAAGCAGAAUUAUGAAAGUUCCAGAGAACUCUGCAAAGACAUCGGAGGUGAACUGGUGACAGUCAGAAGUGCGGCUGAAAACACGUACAUUAAGUCCUUACUGAAGGGUGAAGCGUUCAUAGGUCUGAAAAUAUCGGGACCGGAAAACACAUGGAAGUGGUCCGACAGUACAGCAUUGACGUACACAAAAUGGAUAAAAGGCUACCCUAAGAAGAACGGAGGUGGAAUCUAUCCCAAGAGGAAGGGAGGGGAAAACAACUCCAAAAAGAACGGAGUGGAGAAGGAAUGUGUUAUCCUAAAAAGUAGUGGCCGUUGGAAAAACGUAUCGUGCAAUCAACGUAAUUUGGCGGUGUGCAGAACCAGGAUAAUCUGAAACUUAAUGUGGUAACAUACGCGCUUCACAACUUCAGAUAAUUCAAAAGUUUGGCAAAUGUUUUCUUUUUCACGAAUUUUUUUAUAUAUUUUAAAUAUUUUUUUAAUUCACAAUUUUAUUCAUUUUAUCACACAAUACAUUCAAAAUGAAAAACUAAAAAUAACAAUUGUAUACACUGUAAGUGCCCUUAAAUCAAAGGAUCCACUGAUUAUACGUAAAUAGAAUAUGAGUAUGGUGACUCCGAAAAAUGACAGACGUGAGGCCAUAGUUGAUUCUACGUUUCGUUCUUUAUUGGAACAUUGUCAAGAAUGAAUAGUUUAAGUCCAAAAAUACUGACAAACAUACCAAGAAUCAAUACAAGAUAAAUUUUGACCAAUUAGAAAGAGGUAGGCGGAACAUGGAGACAAAUGAUAUUCUGAUAAAUAAAUUAAGAUUAUGAUAAACAAAAUGAUUAUUUUAGAACAAAAGCAAGUUAGCACUUAUGCUAUGUGAAUAAUGCAAACUCUUUAGAGGCUCUGAGACCAUAGUUUAGACUACUAGGCUUGUAUCUUCUUAUUGCUAAGGCUUCAGCAAAUAAAAUUUCAGACCAAUGUACAGAACCAUGAAUAAUAUUAAUAUUUUCAAAUAAUAAGGACUCAAUAAGAGAUUGUUUGGAUGUAUUGUCAGCCGUCAAGAUGUAGACCAAUUAUAUGGUUAAAACCUUCACAACUCUCAAUGUGUUCAUGUACACUACUGUUUACAUUAUGAGAAUGUUCAACAGCUCGAACUUUUAAGCAUCUGUCUGUUUUGCCUACAUAACAGUCGAGGCAUCCAGGACAUUCGAAGUUAUAUAUUAAAGAGCUACAAUACACUUUUGGCGUCCGAUCCUUAUUAGAAGUAAAAUAUGAAAUUUGUUUGGUUUGCCAGAGCGUAACAAAUUUAACAUCCUUUGUCAGGUGUCUACUUAUCUUAAUACAUUUAUGGAUAAUAAAGCUACCUUGCUUACCAAUGAAAGGUAAGUGCCCUUCUUUUCAAAUAUAAAGUAAUGUAGUAUACUUAUAAAAUAAUACGUUUUAUAGUUUCAUUGUAAACAGAUAAUACAUAAAUCAGAGAUGAAGGGCAAUUGUAUUUUUAAAUUUCAUUUACAAUAAUGUUCUAAAAACGCUUGUACCAAGUACAUAUAAUUAACACAACUUUCCUCUCGAGAAUCAAUGUUCAUAUAAUUAUAUAUCCUGUUUACAAUUUUUAUAAUUUCUUUUGCUAGUGAAAUUAUAAUAUUUAUAGUUAUUUAUUGUAUUCAAUAUUCAAACUUAUGUUAAAAUAAGAUAAUAAACUAAUACUAUGAAGUUUAUAACAUUUAUUGUAUUUUGUAUCACUUGUGGAACUUUAAAUCAUAUAUGGAUGAAUACGUCCUACAGGUAUGGCACAUAUUAGGUCAUAUGACACAUGACAUAAUUUAUAUCAUUUAUCAUAUAUGAAAGUUUAACCAUACAUGCCCCAAUGUAAAUCAUAUGUGUCCCAGCUUAUAUCAUACAUGGUGCAGUUGAAUUUUAGUCUUUAGAAAGAAAUUAAAUUUAUUUUUGGAGAAUACAUCAAGUAAAUUAUAAUUUAAGAUUUCAAAAAUAGGAAUGUAAAUAUCUAUAGUAAUUAUGAACAUAAUUAAGUGAGCGUACAUGUGGACAUGUAUAUGCAGUACCAAUACGUUCAUAUAGGUGAACUGCGUAUAUACCAGAGGCCAAAGUACAAAGGCCAUGACUUGAAACAUUUAAACAUUUAUUAUUUAUUUGAAGCUUUGAAGAAGAACAUGUAGUGAAGACCAAAAUGAAAAGAAUUUCUGUGGAUUACAGGAGAAAAAAUAUAUAUCUUGUAAUAUCAUAGUAUUUAUAGUAUUUAACAAUUUUUCUCUUUAUAUUUGUUAUAUAUGGUAACACUUUCUGUUUACUAUUUCUAUAGAUAAUUUUCUUUACUAAUACAAUAAUAAUAUUAUUUUUUAUAUUAAUAAUAUUAGUUAUUAUUUUUCCAUUUAUGCCAAGUAUUAUGUUUUCCUUUGAAAUUGUAAUUGUAUUUGAAGGUGUUUAUAAAUCCAAAUUUUCAAAUCUUUCUAUAUUUUAUAUAUUUUUGCACAAUUCAAAAAAAUGUGGUCAAUUGUUUCAGGAAGUUGCUUGCAAAAAAUACAUAGAGUUGAAUCAACAUGCUUUAAUCCAAUAUAUAUUAAAACUUAUUAUUAUUGGAUUAUUCUGGUUAUAUUAUUUAAUGUGAGGAGAUAUUUUAUUUUAAAUUAUGUACACAGACCAUGUGACUUUGUUUUGAUUCGGCUUGGUCGUUCAUUCUGUACGUGCCCUGACAUAAUAUCACAGAUAU